GUGCUGUGAUUCCCUCUUACUGGGAAUAUAGAAGGGAACAAAGCAGAGCAUGAGAAUCAUAGAAUAUCCAAGUUGGAAGGUACCCACAAGGAUCAUUGAGUCCAACUCCUGGGUCCCCAAAGGACCACGCAAAAAAUCAGACCAUGUGUCUGAGAGCAUUGUCCAAAUACUUUUUGAACUCUGGCAGGCUCUGUGCCAUGACCACUGCCCUGGGGAGCCUGUUCUGUGCCUGACCACCCUCUCGGUGAAGAGCCUUUUCCUGAUAUCCAUCCUGAACCACCCCUGUCGCAGCUUCAAGUCGUUCUCUCAGGUCCUGUUGCUGUCCCCAGAGAGCAGAGGUCAGCGCCUGCCCCUCCACUCCUCCUUGUAGACCGUGAUGAGGCCUUCCGUCAGUCUCCUCCAGGCUGAAUAUACCAGCUCUUCUCUUAGGAAACGCAGUCAACACCUAACAUCACGGAGGCCCAGCAUGAACGUUAACUGUGCUGGUGGGACAGACUGGUCAAGAAAUCUGGAGUCCAGCUGCUCUGUGGAAGACGUAACUGCAGCAGACCACGAGUCAGGAAAAAGUAAUGUGGUGCUAGGAGGUUAUAGCCCAUCUGCAGGUCCUAGGACUGAGGGUUUAGAUUCUGAAUGCCGACAUACUGCGUGUCCAGUGAGUCCCCAGAUCAGCAACAUGUUGUCUGCUUCUGAAGAUACACACAACUGUCAUUUUCAAGAUGGAAGUAAAAGACAGACUGAAUAUUUUAAUAUCCAGGAACGCCAUGGAUGCAGCGCUUUGUCUUCAAGCAUCAACUCACAGACGGUGACUCCAGAGAAAGUGACACUUGUGGUAGAUGGCACUCGAUUUGCAGUGAACCCACAGAUUUUCACUGCUCACCCUGAUACUAUGCUGGGAAGAAUGUUCGGACCAGGAAGAGAAUAUAAUUUCACCAGGCCAAAUGAAAAAGGAGAAUAUGAAAUUGCAGAAGGAAUUAGCUCAGCUGUGUUCCGGACUGUGCUGGAUUAUUACAAAACCGGAAUCAUUAACUGUCCUGAUGGAAUUUCUAUCCCAGACCUUAGAGACACAUGUGAUUAUCUCUGCAUAAACUUUGACUUCAACACAAUCAAAUGUCAAGAUUUAAGUGCUCUGUUACAUGAGCUCUCCAAUGAUGGUGCUCACAAGCAGUUUGACAGCUACCUGGAGGAGCUAAUUCUGCCUAUAAUGGUGGAUAGUGCCAGGAAAGGGGAACGUGAAUGCCAUAUCGUCGUGCUGACAGAUGAAGACACUGUGGACUGGGAUGAAGAUCAUCCACCUCCAAUGGGCGAGGAGUACUCACAAAUCCUUUACAGUUCCAAACUGUACAGAUUCUUCAAGUACAUUGAGAACCGUGAUGUUGCAAAAGCUGUGUUAAAGGAACGGGGCCUCAAAAAUAUACGCAUUGGAAUUGAAGGAUAUCCCACCUGUAAAGAGAAGGUGAAAAGGAGGCCUGGCGGUCGGUCGGAAGUGAUAUACAACUAUGUUCAACGGCCGUUCAUUCAGAUGUCCUGGGAAAAAGAAGAGGGCAAAAGCCGUCAUGUUGAUUUCCAAUGUGUUCGGAGCAAAUCUCUAACAAACUUAGUCACUGUGGGUGAUGACGUUUCAGAGGACCAUGAGGUUAUAAUGCAUCACCCCCCACAGGUAGAUGAACUCGAUAGGCUAAAUGCACCAUUCUCCCAAAUGGCUGUUAAUGAUCUACCAGAUUAGUCAUGGCUCAGGGUGCAUAGCGCUGCUUGAUGUGGGAAUAUCUCAGCAUAGUUUCAUCCCAGGAGAUGGAACACAGACUUCUUGCAAGGUGCUUUAUUCUUGUUCAUCCUCUUACUGUGUUGUCGUAUUUCAUUUAAAGCAUGUUAAUAAACAUCCACACUCCCUAA